AUGGGGCAGCGUGAGCGGAGUCUGCAGGCGCAGCUGCAGUUCAUGGAGCGCAACGGGCGCGCGCUGGAGGAGCUGGUGGCCAAGAUGAUGAAGGUGCGCGAGGAGCAGGAGGCGUUUCUGGGCGCCUUCGCCAGGAGCCUCGAGGACAUCGCGGCGCAGGAAGAGUGCGCGCCCCUGGCCCGGUGCCUGGGAAGUUUGGGCGAGUGCGGCCAGAAGCUGGCGACCGAGAGCCACGACGUGAUGCUGCUGCGCCCCGAGACGGAGAUCCUGCAGGUGGUCACGCAGAUCCAGGACUGGGCCAUCGUGCCCAUGAAGAGGCUGCUGGAGGACCGGGAGAAGGCCAUCAAGAUCGAGGCCAAGCUGCAGAAGGAGUACGACGAGCUGAGGCGAGGGAGCUCUGCCAAGGAGAAGGAGAAGAAGCUGAGGAUGCUGUCGGACCAGAAGCGGCGAGUGGAGAAUGUGAACGCGCUGCUCGACACUCACAUGGAGAACUUUGACCGCUAUCGGAUCCAGAAGAUGAAGAAAAUCGUGAGCGAGUUGGCUCGCUCCCACGCCUUCUAUCACGCCAAAGGGCUGGAGCUGUUCGCCGGCCCGUGCGAAACUAUUGCGAAGCUGCAUCCCAGCGAUACUGUGAAAGUGACAACGCAAGUCAAUCCAGCUGACGCAAGUUAA